UUGUAAGGGCGACUCUCAAUACAGGACAGAAGGAGCGGUGGACGGACAGACAUCGAUGCUGCAGAGAGUAGUCAACAAAGACACACGCCAGGGAAAGGGGCCUUUCCAAACACAAAGGGAGUUGGUCGCGGGGGGGAGGGAGAACGGAUGGCAUGACAGCAACACGGAAAUCCACCUCUCUCGCUAUCGUAAUGUGUCUUCUUCCAUUGGAUCGUUGUUGGGUAAACAGCGACUUCGUACAAUCGCGACGACGACAGGAGAAACGAUAGAUUAUCUUCAACAGGGCGACGCUGGAAACAAGUCCAGCAUGCUGCCGUAGGCCGGACGCGAGCGCGCAUCGGAGUGGCUCGCGGCCGGAGAAGCCGACGUCGGCGCUACUGCGCGAGCUAUCUUAUCGUUUUAUAUUCGUUUGUCAAAAAACCGGACACCUGAAAGGCAGUUGGAAGUGAAGUCUCUCACAUCUACACUUGCAAAGAACUUUCCUGAACUUCCUCAUCCUCAACAGCCCAAGGUUUUCCACCUUUUUCCACUCCAAGCCCAUCUGUGAGAGGUCCCCUUAAAGUUCACGCACCCACUGCCAGCGCCCCUGCCGCCCACGGUCCUUGCCGGUCCAUUUCCCAUCCUACAUCACUCAGAGAAUCCACACAAUCCGUAGAACUUCCCCAGUCUGUCAUCCCAUUCCACAUAUCGGUUGUAGAGUUUUCCACGGUCUAUCAUGGCUUCUCCUAAGUUAGGUGUCCCUGCUACCAGUACAAGUUUGUCUUCCUCUUCCUUUUGCUCAGUGGCUUCCCUGUGUGGCCAGCAACAUAUUGGUAGCCCUUGCUCAGCGCCUGAGGGACCAGCUAGCCCAAUGACACCUUCCCUGUGCCCAGGUACAAUCCCUGCAGCCCUGGCUAGUGCCCCUGUCAGCAUUGCUGUUAUCCUGGAUGAGCUCCGCAUUCUCCAGCAAAGGCAGAUCCACCAGAUGCAGAUGACUGAGGAGAUCUGCAGGCAAGUGUUAAGGCUAGGAGAGGAAUCUUGUGACCUUGAUUCAGGCCCACUCAUUCUGUCCCCCCUGUCACUCUGUAUGGAAGGCUCAAAUCGCACCUCAAGAGCUUCACGGAUUGAUUCCACACCUCUCCCCACCUCUGUGACCCCUCUUCUUGCGUGCUUCUCCACCCUACUUCCUUCACAAUCUUCAGCCAAGUCCUCCAAUUCUGGCCACUCUCUCUCUAAUGUCCUGCAUCCUCAGAAGUCUCUGCUUGAUGGAGCAGCAACUCCAGGUAAUCAGACUAGCAUCGCAAGUCCUCGCUCUUCUGUGACAUCCUCAACAUCAGCUGCAGUGAACUACCCACUUACUCUCUCCCUUGCACUGCCCAGCCAUUACUUAAAUGAGAAGUCCUCUAGUGCCAUAAGAUCAAGUGGGCACAGUAAUUUGACUUUCUCCAGCCCAGCCUUGCCUGUCGCUCCAACCACUACUGCUCAGUCAGAGGAUCCACAACACUCAACUAUAGGAAAUGUUCCCACAUUAUCAUCAGGUUCAGGGCGUCUGCACCAUGCUUGCAGGUUUUGUGGAAAGCUGUUUAGUAGCGACUCCUCCCUGCAGAUACACCUGCGCUCCCACACAGGGGAAAGGCCCUAUCAAUGCCCCGUGUGUCUUAGCCGCUUCACCACGCGAGGAAACCUCAAGGUGCACUUCCUGCGCCAUCGUGAGCAGAACCCAGAGCUGUCAUUCUCGCUGUUGCCUCCUUCACUGUUUGUGCCUGGAGCAGGGGGACAGAUAGGAGGAUUGGCACAAACUCAGCUAGUUAGUUCUUCCAAGGUGAGUUCUUUGGAGAGACAUCGGAAACGUCAAGCCGAAGAAGAUUUGUAUGGUGAGGGUCUAGAAGUUUCCACUGGAAGUGAUGAGCUCGCCACAGACUUGCAACACAUCCCACCCUCAUCUCUGCCCCUGCCAACCAAUAUGGAUCUGGCUCUGUUCACCACUGCUCGCUCUCUCCUGCAACUCAACCGUGCUGCCACGGCCGCUGCAACAGGUGACGCGGUGUCCUCCGCUUCCUCAAACGCACCUUCCCUGUCUUCCUCUGUCACUUCCUCACUCCUCUCUUCUCCCUCCUCCUCCACGUCUACAAUUUCUGGGCUGUUCAAAGGAGCAAAGCAGCCGCGCUUCGAUGAGAAUACUCCUCCCACCCCUACCUUACUCUCUCACGCUCCUUAUCCUCAACUAGCCCACUUACCCAAAAUCCUCUUCCCCACUGUUUCCUCUCACCACCAUGCUGCCUUGGGGCUCCUUAGAUCCCCGACAUCCACAGGACCCAGCCAGUCAUCCACUCAGCAACAAAGUACUUUCUCUUGUGCAUCUUACCCCAAAGAUUCAGCAUCCUCUGCCUCUUCUCUGCGACUUUCUCACACUCCCACCUCAGACACUUCCAAACUGCAGAGAUUGGUGGAAAAGUUGGAGAAAGAGCCUUCAAGUUAUUGCCACUGGUUUUCCUCCUCUGCAGAGAAUCCAUCCAGCAGUCAUAGCACAGUUGGAGUAUUGAAGAGUGCCAGUACAUCCACUACCUAUGUAGUCACUUCACCCCCGUUCUCCACCACAAACACUCCGCCAUCUUCUUUCAACAGGGAGAUGAUGGCUGCUCUUGGAAUAAAUGCCAGUGAGGAAAAUGAUUUUGUGGGCACCAUGAUACCUAAUCUAUGCCUCAUGAGAUCCGCUGGAUCACUCAGACCAAACCAGUGUGGUGUAUGCCUUCGUGUGCUCAGUUGUCCCAGAGCACUGCGCCUCCAUCAAGCCACACAUCUAGGUGAACGUCCUUUCUCCUGUAAACUGUGCGGGCGCUCCUUCUCAACCAAGGGGAGUUUACGGGCACAUCUGGCUACACACCGAGCACGUCCGCCAAAUAAUCGCACCCAGAACUCAUGUCCUCUCUGUCAGAGAAAGUUCACCAAUGCUGUGGUACUGCAACACCAUAUUCGAAUGCACUUGGGGGGACAGCUACCACCAGAGAGCACUGGAGAUCAUCAAGGUUCAGCAGAACCGUCUAAAUCCCAUGUGCAUGACAACCCCAGCACUGUUUCAGAUAUUAGACCUACCGCCAUUAAUGCCCAGGUACAGAUCACCGUUCUGCCGCUAGCCCUGGACUGUAAUUUAUCCAUGCGUGGCCCAGAGCAUCUUCCUGUCAGUACAACUUCCUCAGGAAGUGCUAUGAACAAAUUCAGUCCUGAAAUUAACACACCCUCUGACCCAAGCAGUGACAAACCUCUGAACCACAGUCUUCAAUCAACCCGACCAGACGGUGCUGAUCCUCCUCUUCUCCAUGCUGGUGUGUCCCCUCCAACAGAACCCCUUAACUCCCAUAUCGCUUCUCCACUUCUUCAAUCAUCAAUUAAAGUAGGGUCUUCUACUAAUGAUGAGCAUUUAGCUGAACAAACCAUUAAAACAUCUGUAUUGGACGAUAAACAUCUGUCUGUCAUCUCCCCUGGUGUGGCGAAAAUCAACCAAGUUGACUGCGCUGUCCAUGACAAAGGAACUCAUCUGGAUAUUCCUUCCUGUGAAUCAAGAUCGAACCUGGAGGAUUUGCUGAGUAUGCCUGCCCAUAAUUCGUCACCAUUUCCUCAUCCACUAAUAACCACAUCACCCUCUUUUCUAACACUGAGUCCUGGAAAUCCCUCCACCUACCAAGGACCCUUAUUGGAGACUGAGCAGGAACCCAUCCAGAUGCCCAAGCCACUUACACCAAAUCCAAACAAAGAAAGAAUCACAGGCAAUAUCCAACAAGACACAACAAGACCUGCCUCGGGUCCAUCUUCUGAGACAGACAACAGUGCAAGCACACUAGAAAAGUCAAGUGAGGGGCCAGAAAAGAGCACAACGGAUUCCAUUCACAUGCAACUAGCGAGAAAGGACGCCCAGUCCAGCUUAAAAGUACAAGCUGAUGGGUCCGGUGUUAAAGACAAUGAAAAAGGGCUACCCGAGGCAAUGGUAUCUACCGCAAUGGCUCCCUCUCUCCCGCCUCCUAUGUCUCACCCAGAAAAAAAAACCUACUGUUGCUCUGAGUGUGGGAAAGAGUAUGCAAGUCGCAGUGGCCUAAAGGGACACAUGAAGCAUCAUGGAGGAUUUGUCAAAGUAACUUGUACGCCUGCAAGAUCGAGGGUCUCUGAGAGACAUCAACCUGCGACUUCACACAGUCUGCCUGUCUCUUCCUCCAGUGCCCCAGCCACCAGAGCGUCGGUCAGUUUUUUGACACAGUAUCAAGCCCACUACAAUCUCAGUCAUGUGAACCAAAAAGCAGACACUUCUACAGAUCACGCAAAUAGUAAUAAAGGUAAGGGGACUGGGAAGUCUUUAUCAGAUGAGAAAACUGAACAGCUUUAAAUAUCCAGACUGUUGUGAAUGGUGGCUGCAUGAAGAACCGGAAUCUUACAUUGACGUAACACAUGUGGUGUCUGUAUUUCAUAACAUUUUCACUUGUUAACUAGUAAUUUUGCUAAGGAGUAAAUUAGUUUAUGGGUUUCUGUAGUGCUCAGCAUAUUUUUAAUCUGUUUUAGUUAGUCAAUGUCAAAUGUUAUAUAUAUAUAUAUAUAUAUAUAUAAAACAUACUUUACCUAUAAAAUAACAAUGAUGAAGUGGAAACUCUCUGAAUUGUUAAAAGGUGAAGCCUAUUCACUUUGUCUAGAUAGUCUGUAGAGGCCAUCUGGUCUAAGCUAAGACCCAAAGUAUACUCUGAAACUUGUUGCAAAGACUGUUUCGUCUUAGUGAAAAAUGCAAUAGCUUAUGUCACUCAAAGUUAUAUAGGUACAAAUAUACACAAUAAUGCAGAGAAUCUUUUAAUUAGACUAUGUACUUAUUCUUUAAGGAAUGUAGGACCCAUUGCACAUCAUUUGAGAAUAUUAGGUGCAUUUCCAGUCCAGAUAGUAGAGAGCGGUAGAAAAGUGACAUCUGGCUUUGUAUUCUUUUUAGUGCUAUAAAAUGAUAAAAAUUUGUUCCUGGAGAAAAGGUGAACUAGUUUACUACAGUAAUAGUAUUAUUGAUUAGUAAGUGUUUACUAUUACUGUAAACAUUUUGGUGACUAAAAACAACAUAUGAUGAUUUAGAGUGAGUUAUUGAAGCUAUUACAAAACUUAGCUACUUCAAGAAAAACAUGUACUAACCAAAACACUAAUUUACAAGCAAAAUGGAUCAACAUGACUCACAUUAAACUAGAGGGUCAUAUUAAACUGUAUAUACAACUCAGUCUAAACCCACUCUGUGAUAAUGUUUUCCCUAUUCUUGUUUUACUAUAAGAAAAAAGAUACCCUGUUGUGUCUUGAUGACACUGGAACAGUGAGAUGUUAAUUGUUAGUCUAUUUAAAAUGUCGACCUGGAUAAACAGAUGUCAACCAUAUUUAGCUGAUUUAAAUGUCAGUCUCAGUGAUCAUAACUUGCUGCGGUAUUUGCCGAGUCUGGUGUAUCUGUUGUGAGUGUUCCAUUCUUAACUGAAACUAAAACACCUGAAUCCAUUUUGUGAUGCUGUUUGGAUCCAUGUUGCUGUUCUGUGUGUGAAUAUUUUUCCUAAAAAUUAUAGUUCCUAAGUGUUUUAUAAUGUAUACAAGUAACUCUGGUGUCUUUGUCAGUUUGUGUAGCCUACUGCCAUUUCUGAAUAAAGUCUAAAAUAAUGAUGGAAAUAAAUUUUAAAAACAAAA